AUGUUCACGCAAGCCGAAUCAAGGUCGCGUUGCGAAAAGGAUCUGGUGCUGCGACUCGACAUAUUCGUGAUACUUUUUGGCUGUACCAGGCGGAUCAUCAGCAGCGCCCUCAGUGCACCAAUCGAAGAAGACUUGCAUUCCUACGUAAACGAGUUCGACUAUUUUACAAACUAUAUUCAGGCGGCGUAUUGCUUUGCAAUGAUUCCCGGCCAGAUCAUCAUGGCUCAUGUAGGGCCCAACUACUGGUUGAGUGGCCUCGAGAUUGCAAGUGGUGUCAUUACGGGGUUCAUGGCUGUGACCACAAGCGCGCACCAGAUUUGUGUUCUCAAAGUCCUUAUAGGAUUGUGCGAGUACGGCGCUUGGUUUGGUAUGGUGACGCUGUUGAUGCAUUGGUAUACCCCCGAGGAGCUGGCUAUGCGACUGGCAAUCUAUCACUUAUGCCAAGCAUUUGACGGUGUGGUGUCCGAGACUGUGCAGGCGGCAUUGAUUAAUGCCCUAGACGGCCUGCAUGGCAUUUCGGGCUGGCGCUGGCUCUUCAGUGCUUAG